AUGGUUGAAGUGAAUGGAUCGCCCUCUUCCAGGAAGACUACACAGCUGCUGACGCCGGAAUCAUUUAGUACUUUUGGUUUGAGUGCUAAUGAACUAUCCGUCUUGAGAACGGAACAAGAUGCUAGUGAUGCCAAAGCUACCAAUGGGUCUCUAGCCGAACGGUAUAAAGAACAAUUAUCCGGUGUCUUGGAGAGACCAAAGAAAUUAGAGUUGAAACGGUUAUGGUUGGAGAAAUCUGGAGAGGAGAUGAGGAAAAGUGUUUACAAGAACAAUGAAAAAGAAGAGAAUCAUGUUGUGAAACCUGUUACAAAGAAACGUAUACGGAAACCUAAUAUCCUACCAGUUGAAUUAUCAUUAGAUGGAAUUCCUCCUCCUAGUAAGAAACUGAAAAAAUUUACCCAUUAUAUAGCAAAGAACUGCGAGACUGAUCUCCAUUUUGAGUUAAACAACCCUAUAUAUGAGCGGUUUGAUGAACCUUGCGAAGUGGCUCCUUCAAGAGAGUGUAAAAAUGGAAUGUUCACUGUUAGAAUCACUCCUUAUAUAGAUAGAACAUCCACGACCUCUGGAUUAAUCUUCCCCAAGAUUAUAAGAAGGGCAGGACCGGGAUCUCAACUUUUAAUUGGACGUUGUGUGGACCAAUACUAUAAGGUAACAAAAGGUUUGCCCGAAAAAUAUCAUCCUAUCGUUUUCAAAUCCAGAGUCGUCUCCAGAGUCCAUGCUUGUCUUAAAGUUGACAUGAAUGGUAGAUGGUACCUUUCUGAUGCGGCCUCAUCAAGUGGUACAUUUGUUAAUGGUUCUCGUAUGGCUAAACCAAACACUGUAUCUGACGAUAUCAUGCUAACAGACCGUAUUACAUGUGUGCAAUUGGGUAAGACUAUGGAUGGUACCACAGAAGAACAUUUACGUUGUGUCAAGAUGAAAAUUGAAUUGAAUGAUAGUUGGAAGCUGCCUAAGACUCAGUUUAGCACGAAUGCUUUCAAAAAUGUAAAAAAAGUCCUCUUUUCUGGAGAUGAACCAAAUGCCACUGACAAUUGUUCCUUGUGUUUAUCCAAGAUAACGGAAGGCAAACCCAUUUUCAUAUCGCCUUGUUCUCAUCAUUGGCAUUAUAAGUGUGUGAAAGACCUAAUUACAGUAGAAUAUCCUUUCUUUUUUUGUCCAACUUGUAAAAAUCAAUUUGAUUUGGAAAGUACAUCGGAUAAUGAGGAAGGAGAGUCAGAGAGUGAAAGUGAGUCUGAAUCUGAUGACUGGCCAACGCCGAUACCAGUGAAGCGGAAAAACUUAUCACUUACACACCUAGAAGCGAAAGAUAUGGCAGCUCAACCUCCAAAUAUUCAGCGGUACACACCUGUUGAGAAGCCCUCUAAAUCUUCAAAAUUACUGAACUCCGAGAACCAACAGCAACGUUCCGUUAAAAAGGUUGUCCAGGACGUAAGGGAAGAGGAUACAGACCAUAAAAUAAAUGUUUGCAUAGACCCAAAAGAAUCCAAUGAUGCUCUUGUGGUCCCUAAUACGCAAAUGUUAGACCUUGGUGUAUCGCUAGAAGACCCAAAUGAUAAUGGUCAUUGA